AUUUUCGAUGUCAAUGAAAUGUUCGCAACAUUUUUUCUUCUGGGCGUGCAUGUUAAAGAAAUUGUGUUUGUGUAGGAUUUUUGUAGCGAAGUUGUUCAUUUGGUAUUAUAUAUAAUGGCAUUUAAAAGUGUUCUUGAUGCGCAGUCUUUUAAAUUUUGAUGCAAACUUGAGAAAAAUCUUCACAAUUGCCACGCUUUACAGAUUUAUCCCCGUGCGCCAAAGAACGUCUGGAUUCAGAUUGUCUUUGCAAAACCUGGCAGAGAUUUUCGCGAUUCACCGAUCGAAUUCUGCUACAACAUGACAACAUGCUGGGUUCGGGGAUGUUUCAAUGAAUUUCAAUUUCUUUAAAAAGCAAGAUUAUCAUCUGUUGAUUUUUUGCCCUUUGAGUAAAUUUCUUCGUCAAAAUAUUGCAUUCGAACUGUCUGCAUUUUAAAACACUCACUAAAACAUUUAUUUAAAGGAUUAAAAUAUAUUUUCUCUUAUUUCUAUAAGAAUCUAGAUAUGAGCAAAAUGCACAUUUCCAAAGAUCUUCCCAAAGUUUUUAAGUAUCAUUGCCCUCCAAAGAUAUUCAGCCUUGUUGGUAUUAGUUUCAAGUUUUUCAGAUUAGUAUUACUGUGCACUUUUUGCUAGGCAGUGCAUUCUUUUUCAAUUGGCGCUCUAUGUGUAUGUUCUGCUCUAUGACAGUCCCCUUUCAAAACAACAGAAGCCUGUAGAUUUGGGCUGAACGUAAACAACAUCCAAAAUCUGUUUCUAUAUCGGUUUCUCCACGACCUGAGUUAGGGGGUCAUCAAGGGGAGUAGAAUUCCGCCAUCCUGCACAAUAUUGGGUUGAAUUCGUAUUCCGUGAAUCAUUUCCGAGAAAAUCCGCACCCAGUAAAUGUGUAGUAUUUCGUUUCAUCGAAAAGUUGCUACCUUGGGUCCCAGAGCCACAUAAAUUCGAUCGCUCCUCCGCUGCUCCGCUUGACUUACUGUUUACGCGCUCGAAAUUUUAUGGCUCUGGCACCCAGAGUAAGAAAUUGCCAGAUUUACGCAAUCCGCAACAAAUUUUCUUCAAAUACCGUUGUUCCAUAAACCUUGUUGACCCUACCUUCGAUAUGUUUUUCUUUUUCGUGCGUUUUUUUUUCAACACAUCUUCUGCCCUUCAAUAAACUCCAUAAAUUUGACUUGAUGUAAACAGUUUCUCAGUGGAAAUCAGAUGAAAACCGAUGGAUACAGCGGAAUUACCGAGUACUCAGAUAGCAAUGUCUUCAUACAGAAAUCUUGAUUCACAGCAACAUACAUUACUUUAGUUACCUGUAAACCAUUUUUCCAAAUCGAAAUUAGAGCACUAUGACCAUAAAAGUUAAACAUUAUCCAAUCUCUGGGCAAUAGUUUAUCUUUGAUGAAGUUUAAAGUUAAGUGCCUCUUGAGCCAGUCAGAAGAAAAGUUCCUAGAUAGGAUUGUUGUUUUACCCCAAUUUUUAAUGUUUCCAAAGAGGAGCCUUUUCUUCACAAGAUAAAUACCUUCAGACAAUAGGUAAUAAAGCAGAAGAUUCUGGAUUUGAAAAAAAGUAAACAUUAGAUUUGCUACUGUUCUCAUAACCACAUGCAACUUUGUCAGUCGCGUAUUGUUCUAUAUGCCCAGCCUUCAGGUCAAUUUUAACACUAAUAUUUGAUUAUAUUUUAUUGUAUUUUAUCAAGAUCAGUAUCAGAUCUGGUUUUUGUUUUAAUACGAUUUAUUCAAGCCACCCUGUAUCAUUUAAGGUGGGCUGAAAAUACCGAUCUAAGAGAGGAGAAGGAUUUCCAACAUCUUCAUAAUCGCAAUAUCAAGAAAAUUCUGUUUUUUAUUUCAAUUUAGGACAAAUGCCCGGACUUAUUUGGACAUAAAAAAAUUUCAUAUCGAUUCUCGUGUUUAUUGUUUUACUAGCACUUUGAUCUAGAGUUAAGUUUUUAAGUUUCUUAUCUCUCUGGUUUUCCAGUUCGUAAUAGAAUUACUUUUUCCACUGUAAGCUAUUUGAAUGUUAUGCAUGACAUCAGAAUUGGUGCCUUGGAAGAUGUACCUAUUAGACUCAAAUGAUUAAAGUUCGAAAGUUCGGAAGAAAGGUCGAAGAUACUUACAACAUUAUUUACAACUAGCAAUACCACGUGCGUUCUUACCAUUGGAGCUACUUAAUCUAGUUCGGCUAUGCAAAUGGCUACCAGUGCCUGAAAGGCCAAUGAUACGGAAUUAUAGACCGUUGGGGGUGACCUGUGUUUAAUUAUGUUUUUGAGUCUAAAUUGUGGAGACUCUGGUACCAGGGUGAUCCACUUCCGGGCAGAGCUUGAAUAACUGAACACUCGAUAGCCCAACCCGUGACAAUACGAGACGAGAAGUUAACUUUUUGGUUAAAUUCACACACAUUCUUCAUCCUUGGCAUUUUUUAGGUGCUUUGAAAAAGUUUUAGACAUUAAAACAUCCUAAAAACUGAUGAUGUUUGUUAUGCUACUCUUCUAACGGCAUACAGACUUGUGGCAUGUGCUCACGAGCAUCAACCAAGUAUUGAUUAAGUCUGAGGCAGAGUGUAUCAUCAGCUACACUGAUUAACGUUGGGGAUUUUGCUGUGAAAGAAGCACUCCUGCUAACAAUUCUUCAGAAGUCGUGGAACUCAUCCGAAAAAACGCAAAAAAUGCUUGUAAUCAAACAGGUACAAGUCUUGCACUAAGAUUUGAAACUCCUUUACUAUCCCUCUAUGUGAACAUUCUAUGACACCCAGAAAGAGAAAUAUAAGAAAUAGGAGAAGAAGAUAAUAAGCUUCCUGAACUACCAAAAGGUAUACAAUAGGUACUAGAGCAACAUUACAGAACAAAAAAGGAAACCUGGGCCGUUUCAUCCUACACUGAAUCCAGAUUAAAAGAAGUGUCAUGUAUAGAGGGACAUAAAUUUGAGUGCAGAAAUGAAGACGCUGCUCUACUCCAUCGAUCCUCCUCUUCUUCGCUCCUCUUUUCCAUUUCCUCGCAUGAAUUUUUGUGGCUUAUAAUGUGAAGCAUUUUAAGUAGAAGGUCAACAAUUGUUCUUGACACGCCUUGAUGGGAAGAAAACUUGGCUAAACUUCUCUCUCAACUGAGUUGUCGUUUGGCAGCCCAGAAGAAAAAAUCAAUAGAAAAGGCUUUAAGAGACCCCCCUGAAUUGUGAAAAUAUCUAGAAGAGGCAUCACAUAAUGAAAAGUUUCUUGUAUUGUUUAUGUUUCCUUUUGUUUUAUUUGCUGAUACCUGCAAUUAGAUGCUGAAAAGGACAUUUACAACUGUAACAUGCACGUAUUUUUUUAUUUUCAAGAAACAUAAGUCGACCUCCUAUUGCUAAUUUGCAGCUGCUUUUUGGAAGCGCUAAUUUUUAGGUUGAUAUAAAACUGCUUAAUUGAAAAUAAUUGUUGAAAGAGCAGUAUUGCAGUUUUGGGUGCAAUAUGUUGAGCGGGAACUCUCUUUAUAUUUCUCUUUGAAGCAGGUACUAAAAUUUGAUGUGUUUCUGUCUUAUUGUAAAAAGAGAGUUUGGCAAUAAUACCAUUGUGCGGAGGCGCUAACAAAAGUCACGUCCAGCAGGUAUCGUGUUUAAAAUUACAAUACUGAAUGUAGAAUAUGGAAGAGUUUCGACUGGAAGCAUGAAUUCAGCUUUGUUUCUUUAAGAAUUGAACUGUAACUUUUACUGUUAACGUCAUCCAAAAGAGGAGCAUUGCUAGCAAGUGAAUUCGAAAAAAACAUCGCCAAGCAGUAAGUGCUGACCUUAAUGAAAGAAUUCAGCUUCUAAGGAGGAUAUUGGCAUUUUGAGUUGGAAUAAGAGAAAUUUUAUGGAAGAGACUUUUUAUCUUUUGCUUUUGACUACAGACUGGAAAUAUUUAAACUAACAGCAGGGUUUGGUCGAAGCUGAAACUUAAAGAAUUAGUUUAUGCUCAUUGGUGACAUUUCUCAAAAUGCCCAUUCUUGUGAGAUCUGGCUCCAGACUUGAUCAGAUCAAAACCGAGGCAAAACAGGAAGAAACAGAACAGUUAGACGACAGCUUAACAAGUUUACAAUGGCUGCAAGAAGUGAAAAUUAAUAUUACUAAUGAUGUUGCGUCGAUAUCACCGCCUUACUCGCCCGUGCCGUCAACGAACAGUGACGAUUGCCGCGCGGAGGACUUAUACGAGGGCAUAAAACAGGAGAUAGAAGAUGACCAAAUCAUAGAUUACAAGACAAAUCCGCAUUAUAAACCACCGUAUUCCUACGCGACGUUAAUUUGUAUGGCGAUGAAGGAGGCGAAUUUACCCAAGAUGACUCUCAGUGCAAUAUACACAUGGAUCACAGACAAUUUCGUUUAUUACAAACAUGCAGAUCAGAGUUGGCAGAAUUCAAUACGACAUAAUCUUUCAUUAAACAAAUGCUUCGUCAAAGUGCCUAGAAAGAAAGGAGAGCCAGGAAAGGGUGGCUACUGGAGCCUCGUUCCAGAAUACGCGGAUAAACUGCUUGAAAGCCAAAUGAAAAAGAGGCGGCUUCAAGAGCAAAAUAACCAUUCGCAAGCCAAACGCGCGCGAAUCCAGAAACCCGGCCAGUUGCAAUACAACGAGGUUGUGAGACAACGAUUCUGUAGUGGAUCGGUAAGCUCGUCAGGCAGUGUAACCGAGUUUGAGGAGGAUGAAGGAGACGGUUUGAUACAUGUUGACCAUAACUAUGGCAAGGCUGUCAUAGAAAAGACUGAAAUUUCCAGUGAAAGUAGCGUUUUGACUCCAUCUGAAAUAGAUGCCUAUGAUGACGUCACACUGGAGUUUAUUGAACAAGCGCUUACAGGUGACUUUAGUUGGAAUGCCGACCUUGGAGGAGAGCCUCUGAGUGAGAGCAUGAGAGGCGUGGCUCAGGACUUACUUGAUGCCAGGAAAUUCUCUUUUUGCACAAACAGUCCGGUUUUUAAUGCAAUGAGUAGGUACGAACUGAGCAGCCCACUGUACUUGAGCCCUCCUCCGUCUGCAGAUGAUUUAUCAGGACCGGUUGAAUUCACAGACCAACCAGACCUAACAGUAAGAGGAAUUAGUAUGCCUAUUCACAAUGUUAUGAUGGACACUGCUGGUGUUAAGGUUGAGCCGCUAUCACCUGUGCCUUCCACUGACUUUUGGGAUGAUGCGGUUGAUUUUGCGAGCGAGCAAAUACGUUUUGGUGACGAUGAUGACCUUUCGGAUUUCUCUGAACACUUCUCAGAGCAGUUUUCCGAUUAAUUCAUGGUCAAUUUUGUAAAUAAUGAUCAUACAAAGCAACUCACAAAUGUUGCCUUGCUGGCGUUGCCGUCCUGAGAAAUGUUAGCGAUAUUUUCUCCAUCAAUGGCUGUACCGGGGUUAUUCUGCGUUGCCUUGAAAAUAGACAUCCACGAAGACACACUCAGACGACAUAUAUAUCGGGGUUUUUAUAUGUGAGCGAGUUUCACAGCAGAACAUUGUACAUACAGCAUGGGAUAUAGAAAGUGUAUUGUUCCAAUAUGACAUCAACAAAACUGUUAUUUAUAGAGAUUUUCCCUCCUUCGUUGAAACGUCAUCAUAUUUUAGUGGUCCAGAGGUUUCCAUUUUCACCUUAUACCAAUUUUGAUAAAGCAACCAACUUUUGGACAAUGUAGGCGUUUGCUUUUUCCCUUAUAAUUUCUUUACUCAAACGCCCACAUUUAAAAAAGCUUGCUUGGUUUUUCACACUAGUAUUUAUUUUAUCGUCUACGUAUUGGUUUUCUUGAAUAGGCGAACAAUGCUUCUUCGCCUGUUUAGUUUGGAAGACCAGAUCUAUGACGUCAUUGCCUUAUGUUAUUAGAUCAUUUUGAUUGUAGAUCGUCCUUUAAUUUUUAAAGAGAAAAUUCAGAUUGCAUAGUGAACUUUUACUAGGAUACACGCCGGUUGUGUAAUUUUUUAGUAAGCUUGGUUAUAUUGGAAUGGAUUACUUCUGUCGUGUCAUAUUCACGAUUCACAGUAACCUGUUCUAAUCGAAAACAGUGUCAAAUUAGUCGAUAGAGGUGAAGCCAGCCAACCUACGUGGACCAGUGUUCUCUAAAUGCCUAUAUGUGACUUCGUGUUGCACAAUUGAUUAUGUCAAGUUAAAGUGCAUAGAAAGAUAAUGAAACUCCUUUACCAUAGGGCUCCGUUCCAUCUUAGCCACCUUUGUUUCAUGGCAUUUUCACUAUGUCAGGAAAUGUUUACUUUUGACAAUUGAAAGUUGUUUGUUUUCUGAAAACGAAACGUUUUUGUGGAGAAUGCUAGUGUUAUUUGAUACCGCAAGUAUGUUGCCUCAAUGUCUCGUGCUAUCAAAGCCAUUAGUUCACUUAAUGCGUGUUCUUAUCAGGCACCACAAAGCUACGGGCUGGAGGGCUAUAGCCACCAAAUUUUUCCCAAAACAGCAAAGAAUUGAGGAAUAGACCACGAAUCAAGCCUCUUUUUAUUUGUUUUUAGCCCGCCCCCCCCCCAUGCAACCACUUUUUUCGACCCUCCGUGGGACCUGCUUAUCACAGUCAAAAUGUCGUCAGAUUGGUCCUUAAGGUGGCUUUGGUGACCAGAGUGCUAAGUUACCGACGUUUAUCACGCUUGUAUGACCCCUUUUAGGCGAGAGAGAAUGAUUCCCCUUAUAACUUAAUGGUCACUUGAGUGGCCUACAGCUUUCAAUGAUGACCCAUAAGUAUCUGACCACACAUUUUGUAGAUCUUGUUCGAGUAUAAGCAAACAAAUGAAAUUAUUCCACAUUUCUCUUGAGAAAUUACUUCUUCCAUAAUCGAUUCACUAAUAUCACUCUCUUAAAACUGAAAGUGGUGCUUCUAGAUUUCCCAUUCUGUUGGGCAAUUGUGCGUUAUCAGUUUUUGUUUUAUUUCACUACGGUUAAUAAAAAUUGGAGUAGUGAAAAGCAUCGUCUUUCCAGGACAAACAAGCUAUGUUUGAAAUAAAGUUUCUUGGGAAGCCUACAAGAGGCUUUAAAUGAGCGGGGCAGCCCCCUUACUUGUUGCCAAAGAUCAUGCACACAAACCUAAUGAUUGUUUCCCAAGAUGACUCUUUUUAAGCCUAAUCUCGUCAGAAACAUUUCUGAGCGCGCGCUCGAAGUGCUCAAACCUACGCAUGCGUACAUUGGGAAUGAUCACGGUCGUUGCCAUCAGUUACCUAUUCGCUCGCACGCGUUUGAGAGUGGGUCUCGUUCCUACUCCCAGGCGCUCACGCAAGAGCUCAGCCAAUGCAAUCUAGUGAUUAAGCGCUUCGAGAGCGCUCUCUAAAAUGUCUCUGACGUGAUUAGGCUUUAAUCGGUACCCAUUGGACUUUCCGCCUCCCCAGCAAAAACUGAGACUCGCCAUAAAAUGCUGUAAAGGUGCAAUACUGCUAUUGGCAAUCGCCGUUCUUGGGCGAUUUCGAUUACGAGAACUAAGUAGCAAGUUCGCAAAAACAAUACAAAAUAAGAUAAAAAAGUAAGGCGAUGUAUAGAAGCGAUUCGUGAUGCUCCUUUAACUGACCUUCCACAAGGAUCACUUCCGUGGGCCCUUCUAUUUGACAGUCUCUGAUUCAGCAGAUGAGCUCACCGAGGCAUUACGUAAAAACGCAGAAUCUCGUACUGGUAUUGCUAUUAUGUGGUUAGUUGCAAGUGCCGUCAUUUCUUCUAUUACAUGAGUAAAUUCAAUUGGAUUUUGUACAUAUUACUAAAUAACGUUGUUUAUAUUUACUUUCUUAACCGUGUUUAGUGAAAAUACCUAACAGACAUAAAUCGAAA